AUGGCUGGGAGUGCUGGGGGACAAAGUACAAGUCAACACCCACCUGCUGCGGAUGAUGAAAAGGAGGCGGCAAGACUAGAGGAGAUGUUCUGGGAGGAAACUCUUAAAGCUGUUGAAGCAGCUGAAGCAACAGCAACUCAGCCCCCCGCUUGUAAGUCUACUGAUGUAUUUUGCAAUCCCAUUUUACAAGUUUUAUUUCAUUAUGUCACUCAUAUGUGUCUAUCUGAACAGGAGACCACCCCAGUUCGUCAACUCAUUCCUAAUCCAGUCAUGUCUCCUUCACUUAGGCCACCCACUACAAAAAGGCCACCAAAGAAGAAAAAGAAUCUGAGGAGACCACCACCAACUAGUCAGCAACCACGACCUCCUCCGCCUAUUGUCAACCCUAAACCAACUACUACUAGUCCAUCACCCCCAACUUCUGAUGUGCCAUCCACUGUGACACCACAAACUAUGCAAGCUGCCUCCCAGGGCACUACUUCAAGGUUCAUGGACUUCAUGCCAACACCCACAGUUAGAGUAUCAAGUUCAAGGAGGUGGCCGCAGCCAGCUUUCCGUCCACCAGCCAAAAAGGAGUCAAUAACUGCACACUUAAAAGAAGGGUUAAGCGGAAGCAGCAACUCCACUCCAAAUCCAUGA